UUCCAGUGCUGGGGCCGGCAGUGGAGAGUUCCAUGUGUACAGACACCUGCGCCGCAGGGAGUACCAGCGGCAGGACUACAUGGACGCCAUGGCUGAGAAGCAAAAAUUGGAUGCAGAGUUUCAGAAGAGACUGGAAAAGAACAAGACGGCUGCCGAGGAGCAGACUGCAAAGCGGCGGAAGAAGCGACAGAAGCUAAAAGAGAAGAAAUUACUGGCGAAGAAGAUGAAACUUGAGCAGAAGCAGCACAAAGAAGGACACAGCCAGCCCCAUGAGCUGCAGGCCGACAGCUCUGAGGAGGCGUCUGGCACCGAGGAGGAGGAGGAGCCCAGCUUCGUCAUGAAGCGAUGACCCCAUCUGCCUGCCGCAGCAGCUGUCCGGAGCCUGGUCAUCCUGUGACCCGGGCCUCAGGAACCCUCCGUGUGUCCAGAAGGCAGCAGACGCAAUGUUGGACCUCAGCUCCCCCAUCCCAUCCUCACCCCAAGGACUGUCGAGGUAGAGCUCAGGCACACAGGGCCCUCCCCUUGAGCCUUGGGCGGUGGAGGAGUGGGCUGCCCUGGCCCUGACACAGUGAGGCCUUGGGGUGGUUUCUCUGAAGCCCAGAAAGCCUCCAGGUGCCAUGAGGGCCUGGGACACGCGCAUUCCCUAAAGCUGCGGGGAAGGUGCGGGAGUUCCUGUGGGUAGCCCAAACUCGGGGAGGAAAAGCUAACCACAGUGUGGGACACGUGACAGGGCUUUGCGGAGCAGAUGGGAGGACUGGAAAAGGCAGCAGGCGAGAGCAGAACGAGGUGGGGGGAGCUGGGCACCGGAGGGGAGGGACAUGGAGUGAGCCAGAAGCAGAUGUCGGGGGAUCUACAAACAGAGGCCUGAAGAGGCAUGAGCUGGCCUGUAGAUGGGACUGCUGGGACGAAAGCCCUUCAGAACUGGCCC